CAUAUCUGCUCUAACACCCACAACAGCUGGACGUCUGGACGUCAAUGUGCAAUGUCUGCGUCAGAAAGAAGGGGUCAGUGGGGGCGCCUCCCAGUGAAGUUUCCUGGCAUCCACUCGCCUCUCUCCGCUCACAGUGAGUUUGCCGCUCGUUAUCUCCGGUGAACAUGGAGUUCUCGGCUCUCCCCGGGGUCGUGCUCGGGGUGUUUGGCGGGUUCCCGGCGCUGGCCGUGUUCUGCACCGUCUUUGCCCUGGCCUUUGACUUGAUGAAGAGGUGGAAGAAGUGUGGCAACUACCCUCCCGGGCCCCGGGCUCUGCCUUUCCUCGGCAACCUUCUGCAAGUGGAUCUGCGCAACCCGCACCUGUCAUUCGCAAAGGUAAACACAUCGAGUGGUAUAUUGUCAUUAUACCGAGCAUCCAGCUUGCUGAACACCUUGGAACCGGCCAGUGCUGGUGUGAUCUCUUCAAGGCCUCAUGCUUUCUCCCAUCUCCUCCACUUUAAACUGCGGCAGAAGUACGGCGAUGUGAUGAGCUUGGACUAUGGGUGGACAUACGUGGUGGUGUUGAGCGGCUACAAGGCCCUGAAAGAGGCGCUGGUGAAGAAAUCAGAAGAUUUUGCGGGUCGACCAGAUCUCCCAAUAUUCAGUACGCUUUCAGCAGAUUGGAGAAGUUCCCACAUCGACAGAGUCAUUGGGAACGGGAGGAAGCCAAAGUUGGAAGACCGUGAGGAAAUGCCAUUCACUAACGCAGUUAUCCACGAAACCCAACGCUUAGGAAAUAUUCUUCCAAUUUCACUGCCUCAUGAAACAUACAGAGACACCGAGGUCAUGGGUUAUGCCAUUCCUAAGGGAACAACAAUCUUUCCAAACAUUACCUCAGUCAUGUAUGAUGAAGACAUUUGGUUGACUCCAUGUGAGUUUAAUCCGGGACACUUCCUGAAUUCAGGCGGGAUGUUCGUGAAGCCGGAAGCUUUCAUUCCAUUCUCUGCAGGUAAUGUGGGAUUUAUGGAUUGUUAAAUGUAUUGAUAGAGAUUAUUA